UGUUCGGUUACAAACGCAGCACGGCACAGGUGAGUGGAGUUUUGAACCUCGAGUUGUUUCUGUUAUUCUAUUUCGCGAUCUGGCCUGAAUACGAUGGAUCAUCUUUCUAUGGUCGAAAGCAUUUGAAGCAAAGCUUUGAUUCACUUCAUAAAGAGAUCUCUAUGGAGGCUGAAAGGUUGAAUUCCCCUCACACUUCAGCCAUUCUAUUUGAAGUUUUCGGCUAUCAAUUACAGUUUUCACAGGAUCCCAAUUCCAGGCACUUAGGAACUACAGUAUGGGAUGCAUCGAUGGUAUUUGUCAAAUUUCUGGAAAAGAAUUGCAAAAAGGGAAGAUUUUCACCUUCUAAGCUGAAAGGAAAACGUGUGAUUGAACUUGGGGCUGGAUGUGGAGUGGCUGGUUUUGGCAUGGCACUGCUUGGAUGCGAUGUAGUUUCAACAGAUCAAACUGAGGUUUUGCCAUUGCUAAUGAGAAAUGUUGAGCGUAAUACAUCAAGGAUCAUGCAAUUGGAUCCAGAUUCCUUUGGUUCCAUCCAGGUCGCAGAGUUGAACUGGGGUGAUGUGGAUCAGAUAAAGGCUGUUGAUCCACCAUUUGACUACAUUAUUGGCACUGAUGUGGUUUAUGCAGAGCAUCUCUUGGAACCGCUUAUGAAGACAAUGCUUGCACUAUCAGGACCAAAAACUACUAUCCUGUUGGGCUAUGAGGUCCGUUCCACAAAUGUUCAUGAACAAAUGCUUCAGUUGUGGAAGAAAAACUUUGAGGUGAAAAUUGUUCCAAAAGCAAAGAUGGACAAUAAGUACCAGCACCCAAGCAUCCAACUUUUCAUCAUGAGCUCAAAGCCUAGAGAAGAAAAUGCUGAAACCAUGUCUCGGGAUGUCGACCAGCAAAUUGAUGAGGUUGGAGCUUCAGAAAAUAAGCAUGGAGAAGACGACAGAGAUAGUGACAACAGUUGUUGCACAGGUGGAUUGGAUGAUUCUGCUGGCAGCAAAGCAACGGAAGCUAACAUACGAAUUCCAAGCGCUCAGAAUGGAAAGCUAAACGAAUGGGAAGCAAGAAGAAUUGGCUCUAUGGCCGCCAGGCUGCUUAGAGAUGUCAGGAUUACUUAAUUAUGUCGGUGUUCAUGUUUGAGGCUUGUUCUUCCUAUGCUGUAUUCCUCUUAUGAGCAUGCCAACAAAAUUCUGAAUGGGAUUGUCUAUGGAAUAUGUUUUCUGCUAAACUAUUAUAUAUAGGGUGAGUUCCCCCUGGGACAAA